GUUGCGGCUCCCCCUCCGCGAACGUCAACAAACCGCCGGAGUCGAAGGGGCCAAGUGGUGCUUCUGACUCUGUUCCCAAUCUGGAUCCAGGAGAAGAUCCUGAAUCAGCCCAUUAUAUGGACCAAGGUAACCAGACCAAAAGAACAGGAGAAGAACUAGAAAGGGGAUAACGAAGGAAACCCAAGCUCAAAAUAAAGAAGCCGGAUGGAAAACCCCGGCAGAAAUCCCAACCAACAAGAAGUAACAACUUAAACAAGUAUAGAGAUCCAGAUCAACCAUCAACAGUAAAUUGCAACAAAUAAAGAUUUUCCUACAAACAACAAAAUUAUCCAAGAAUUUAAGAAACAAGAAGCCCAGAAAAAGUCAAUAGUCUAAAACCCUAAACCAAGAACGAAGAAAAGUGGAGCUUCCAUUGGCCAGCGGCUGAGUCUUCUCAUGCUAGGUAUUCGAGCCUCCAAAAACCUCCAUAGGGUAGUCUCCAGUUUAUCUUUGUUGCGGUUACACACAGAGAUGCCAUUCUAUGCAGUUGCCAAGGGAAAAAAGCCUGGAGUUUAUGCCACAUGGCCAGAAUGUCAGGCUCAGGUCACAGGCUUCCUUGGGGCUCGCUACAAAAAGUUUUCAACAAUGACAGAAGCCGAAGAAUUCAUAAGGGAGAACUCGUCAUCAAAUGUCAUAGACAACCGACAGGCAUCAUCUCAUGUCACAUCAAAUAAGAUAGAUAUUCGAAGCUCAGCAGCAGGUGCCAUAGAAAAGGUGAAACCGUCACAGAAUGUAAACACAGCAUUUGCAAAAAAUCAGAAUAAUAAUGAUGAUGGAAGAUUAAGCCCAACACUCGUACAAAUGAAGCAAGAUAUGAAGAGGUUACAGAAGGAGUUAUCAGACCUGAGGUCCAAGUUUGAUGAGUACGUCGCUGAAAAGUCGAGAGGAUCGGGUUUCACCUCGCAGACUCGGGGCUUCCACACGUCUGCUGCUGUGCCGGGCAAGAGAAAAAGGGAAAAGAGUCGAGAGGAAGUAAUCGAUCUCGACCUUGACGAGCCUUCGACUAGUAUCAGAAAGACGGACUUCACUGACAGCCGUAGCGACAACACGAAGUUCGUCACCGACAAUGACGGAUUCCUGGUAGUAUUCACAGAUGGCGCUUGCGAAAGCAAUGGGCGAGUUGGAGCAAAAGCUGGUGUUGGAGUGUACUUUGGGAGAGAUCACCCACUCAAUGUUGCAGAGCCUGUCCGAGGAAGACCAACCAAUAACACUGCGGAAAUCCAAGCUGCUACAUAUGCCCUAGAGUUAGCACAUGCCUCAGGAUUUGACAAAGUGGCAAUUCAUACGGAUUCUCAGUUUAUGAUUAACUGUAUGACCUCGUGGCUGAAGAGUUGGAAGAAGAAUAACUGGAAGAAGAAGGACGGGGAGCAGGUCAAGAACAAGGAGGAUCUGAUGGACUUGGACAAAGCCUCGGAGGGGUUGAUGGUGAAAUGGGUACAUGUGAAAGGUCACUCGGGCAAUGUUGGUAACGAAGAAGCAGACAGACUAGCCAGGGAAGGUGCAAAACUUUAUAAACAAGAUCAGCAGUAUUAGCACAAAUGCAUUUGAUAGUGCUGUAGUGGACUCUAAUGUGUUCUUCCAAGUUUCAUAUAAAUAAUGUCUUUUCAUUGGAUAAAUGUAAUAUAUUUGAAUACAUUAAAGGCUGUGAUGAA